AAUAACCAAAUAAUAAAUCCAUUUAAGGAUUGAAUGCGAUUUGCGAUACAAACUCUCUCUCUCUCUUUACUGACACAAACAAAACAUCUUAGAGAAAGACAUUUGUUUGUUGUCCACCAAUCGAUUGAUUGACUGAACCGAUGUCGACGACACUAUAAGGAUGAUCGCCAUCACCAACACAUCCGCAAUCGUCUAAAUCUUGUGCCUCCGCAAUGCAUGCAAUUGGUGCCAAUUAUCGGCCAAACGUGAUGACGCCGCCCGAGUUGGCCACCACUCGUUGGACGGCAAUCUUUGAAUACGAGGCCACUAUCGAUGAUGAACUGUCUCUACAGAGGGGAGACACUGUCGAAGUGUUGUCUAUGGAUCCCAAGAUAUCUGGCGACGAAGGUUGGUGGACUGGAAAGAUCAAUCACAGAGUCGGCAUAUUUCCGUCCAAUUAUGUGAUACCUGAAAACAGCCCGCAAAGGGAAACGACUCCGAAGAUAUGCGAAAUAGAGUUUUCUCAGUUAAAACUCGAAGAUGUCAUAGGAAUUGGCGGUUUUGGCAAAGUUUAUAAAGGGAUUUAUCGGGGCUAUGAAGUGGCCGUAAAGGCCGCCCGACAGGAUCUCAACGAAGAUAUCAGCGAUGUAUUGGCUGGUGUUAGACAAGAGGCCAAAUUGUUUUGGCUUUUAGAUCAUCCAAAUAUUGUCAAACUUAUUGGCGUUUGUUUAGAAGAACCGAACCUGUGUUUGGUUAUGGAAUAUCUGAGGGGCGGCUCAUUGAAUCGGGUUUUGUCCGGUCAACACAUUCCUCCAGCGGUUAUCUGCGAAUGGGCCACACAGAUAGCCGAUGGCAUGAAUUAUAUACAUUCAAGAGGUCCUAUUUCUCUUAUUCAUCGAGAUCUCAAAUCUAGCAAUGUUCUUCUUAACGAACCAAUCGAUGACGACAAUUGGUACGGAAAGACGUUGAAGAUUACGGAUUUAGGAUUAGCUCGUGAAUUGGUUAAAACAACGCGUAUGUCUCAGGCGGGCACUUAUGCGUGGAUGUCUCCCGAAGUUAUAAAAUCGUCUACAUUUUCAAAGGCCAGUGAUGUUUGGAGUUAUGGAAUAGUCGUUUGGGAAAUCCUAACGGGAGAGACACCAUAUAAAGGAAUCGAUGCAUUAGCUGUUGCUUAUGGCGUAGCCAUGAAUAAACUGACUCUACCCAUACCAUCCUCCUGUCCUCCAGAGUUUAAAGAACUACUCGAAUCCUGUUGGGAUCAGACACCUCACAAUAGGCCCGGUUUUGAGGCCAUACUCAAUAGUCUAACUGAAAUAGCAAACUCUCAUUUUAUUGAAACAAAUGUUGAAUCAUUUCAUACGAUGAGAAACGACUGGAAACAGGAAAUUAACGAAAUACUCGAAGAGCUCAAGACUAAAGAGAAGGAGUUGCGAUCGCGUGAAGAAGAGUUGACAAAAGCUAUGGUAAAGCAACAGGUGAAGGAACAAGUGCUCAAAGAACGCGAACGCGAAUUGGCUGAAAGGGAAAUGGAUCUGUUGCACCGGGAACUCAAUGUGAUAAUCCUUCAGCAACAGCAAGAUUCCAAACCGCAGCCAAAGAAGCGCAGAGGAAAGUUCCGCAAAAAGAAGUUAUUAAAGCAUAUGUUGAAACACGGAUCCACUCAUGAGAUCGGAUUGCCUCAAAAUUUUCGCCACAAUAUUACUGUUACUUCUAGUCCUGAAAGUUUAACUCCAUCCCCAUCAAUGACACCGGUGUCACGACUCAGGGCUUACGCACUGCCCAAUACAUGGGGGCCCAGUAGUAGACAUCAAAGAGAGCGUAAACGUAUGAAUCAAAUCUGGAAGAGUGCGCCAAAUCUCGAAAAAGGAAAGGGUAUUCCCUAUCAAAAUAUGAGUACAUUCUAUGCUUACGGAAGUCUAGCUGAUACUCCUGAAGAGUGUGACAGUGGUCUCGUGUCAAAUGAGGCGUCUUCUGGUUCUUCAUCUGUUGAACACCGAAACAAACGAAAGUUUUUCUCAAGUAUUGACUCUGCCAUUGGAAAAAUCGGUGCUAUGAUAGCCAACAUAGCUCUCGGUUCAGACGUGCGUUCCGUUCAAAAGGAAAGCUAUCAACAAAAGACAGCUGAAGAAGAUCAGUACGAUUGUCACGGAAUCGAUGAAUUUGAUUUCGUUAGUAUUGAGAACCGAAACGCCACAUAUCACGGACAGACCAAGCAUUCACUGCGACCGACCAUUAACUAUGAGUUCAGAAAUGGCCAAAUGCCUGCCCGACGAAAAUCGUCGACUACUAGUUGCGAAAGUGAUUACAAUAUCCAAAACAAAGAAACGUAUAAUAAUGAAGAUAUGAACGCCAGAUAUGAUGAGACUUAUGAUCCGAGAGAUAGUGCACAUCAUUAUCGAUGCCAUCGACGAAGUUCUUCCACCACUUCCAAUGUUAAUCCUUCUUUUAAAUCUGAUGAAGAAGAUUUCAGUAAAGGUCGAUAUAAACCGUUUGAAGUCAACAAAACUAUCCGUCCGACUACUCUUGACCUCAAUAGUGAACGCAAUAAUCGAAAACAAUUGAACCAUUGGAACAACAGCUCAAUAUCGCCAUUACAUUCAUCACCCGAUAGUUAUUACGAUAUGAAUAGUCCGAGCAGUCCAUCAGCAACACCUCAGAGAACUGUUCGCUUUAAUUUUGCCAACUCUUACAGUAGUAGUCCCAAUACAUCACCAGUCGGUACAAAUAAAAAGUCUAUCACCACACUAAUGGAUGCACCAGUAGAUGGACAACAAUUAGACGCUACCGUCCCUUUAACUGCCAUUUUAGGAAAUAAUAAAAAAUCAAAUCGUAAAACACUUAAACACGAAUUGUAUCAAGAAUUUGGUAAUUAUUUAUAGCUUUUAUUAAACAAAUUUAGGACAGAAUUUUAUAUUUUAGUCAAUCACUGUAUCAAAUAAUUAAUUUAAAUGAAAAAGAAAAUUUAAACUCAUUUCCAAUGCAGCACUAUAUUAAUAGUACUUAAUU